AUGAGUGAUAUGGAUGUGAUAGAUGAGUUGAAGGCGAACCCGAACGGUAAUAGUACAAAGACGGUAGGUUAUGCAUCUUUGUGUUCAUGCGAUAAUGAACUGGAAAUGCAUGUUUGGUGUGGUUCGAAUGUCAAGAUGAAUGCAGCUGCACCGAACGGAAAUAUGUUUGUUAUUGAAGAUAGCUCGGUCGAAAAUGAAUUAAUUAGCGAUCCCAUAUCAUUUGUGAAUGGUGAAAAAGAGCAUCAAACCAUUGAUUUAUUAAUUGAUGAAGAAACCUCGUCACUUUCAAACGAUCCGGAUAAUUCAUUACGGCUUGGUGGAAAGCGAACUUUGGAAGAAGAUGAGAGUACUUGUGUUAAUAUAAGUGAAAAUGAUGCUUCGUUGGGAAAAAUAUCUUUAGAAAAUUUUAAAAGCUUAAGAAGAAAAAUUUUCAAGCUUGAACAAGAAGUGAACAAGAUGAAAAAAGAGUUUAAAGACAAUUCUAAAAAGGUUCCACGAGAGCAUCAGGUGUAUUUAAAUCCAUAUAAUGGUGAUUUUUGUGAUAAGGAAAACGUCAACUGCAACAUGUCGAAAUAUAUUAAAAAAAACUAUUCGCAGCUCUCGUCCGGUAUAAAAUUUUCUUAUAUUGAAAGUUCGAUCAUCGAUGCUAUUAUAAAAUACACUAAAAUAUCAAAUCCAUCCAAUACAACCACAGAAAAUAAAAUAAGGCGCUCUAUGAGCUUGUACUUUUCUGAGAAAGCUUAUAAAGCAAAACAAGGAACUGGAUAUCAAAGAAAGAAGAUACAAAAAUGCUAA